UUCGGAAAUGUGAACUGCAUAGUCAUUCAGUCGGUCGUCAUCUGCCCUAAUUUCAUAGAUUCGUUAGUGUUGUUGUUUUUUACGAAAAUGUUAGAUGCAAAAAUCAUCGAUAUUGAUGUGAAAGAUAUUAGAUUUCCAACAUCGUUAUUGGCCGAUGGUAGUGAUGCAAUGCAUACUGAUCCUGAUUACUCGUGCGCCUAUAUAACAAUAAAAACCGAUAAGGGGCACGAAGGUUACGGCCUUACAUUCACUCUGGGAAGAGGCACUGAAGUUGUGGUGCAAGCAUGUAAGUCCAUGUUUUGGCUGGUGAAGAAUCAAACGACGAGCCAGAUCUACGCCGAUUUCGCGUCAUUCUGGAGGAAGUUGACGAGCGAGUCGCAGCUGAGAUGGAUCGGACCCGAGAAAGGUGUGAUCCAUCUGGCUACAGCGGCUAUCGUAAACGCACUGUGGGACUUGUGGGCGCGCAUCGAGGGUAAGCCUGUCUGGAAGCUCCUUGUGGACUUAACACCUGAGCAGCUCGUUUCUACUGUAGACUUUCGAUAUAUUACCGACGUAGUGACCAAGGAGGAGGCGAUAGACAUACUGAGGAAAAACGAGCCGUAUAAAGAGAAACGCGAAGAACUUUUGAGGAGAAAUGGAUAUCCCGCGUACACGACCCAGGUGGGAUGGCUCGGCUACAGCGACCAGAAGGUGAAAGAUCUCUGUGCGAAAUAUCUGCGCUUGGGUUUCACGCGCUUCAAGGUGAAGGUGGGUCAGAAUCUGGAGGACGACGUGAGGAGAUGUCGUUUGGUGCGCGAAGCGAUCGGCUACGACAAUAAACUGAUGCUAGACGCGAACCAAAUCUGGGACGUGAACGAGGCGAUCGAGUGGAUGAAGAGGCUGGCGGAAUUCAAGCCCUUCUGGAUAGAAGAGCCAACGUCGCCGGACGAUGUCUUGGGACACGCCACGAUCGCUGCCGCCUUACGACCGCACGGUAUCGCGGUGGCCACCGGCGAGAUGUGCGCGAAUCGCGUUCUCUUCAAGCAGCUACUGCAGAUGCGAGCGAUCGACAUCUGCCAGAUCGACUCGGCGAGAAUCGGAGGAGUCAACGAAAUCCUAUCGGUGUAUCUCAUGGCAGAGAAAACUAAAACACCGAUCUGGCCGCACGCAGGUGGGGUGGGCCUCUGUGAGAUGGUUCAGCACCUCCAAAUGUGGGCUUACAUUUGCCUACGCUCGUCCGUCGAAGAUUGCGCGAUAGAGUUUGUAGAUCAACAGCAUGAACACUUUGAGGAUCCUGUGCUUGUUAAGAAUGCCUCCUAUAAGUUGCCUACACUUCCUGGGUAUUCAACUAAGCUCAAAAACGAUUGCAUCUUGAAUUAUACUUAUCCAGAGGGUACAAAAUGGAAGUCAACCAAGGAAGGAUCUUUCAAAAAAUCGUUAGAAUAAAGUAAAGACAUUUCUUAUGAGUCAACACAUG